GUGCUCAGUACACAUGGAAUAACAGCGCACACGAACUGCGGACUUUUAUCACAGCGCACUUUCUUCUGGAGCGUCAUGUAGCUGGACGAUAAUGAGCGCUGGAUUGGUUUAGUGAAAAGCAGAAGUAGCGGGACGGGACAGGUCGGGGUCGGUACGGCGGGUGUCCAUCAUGCUGUGGCCGCUCGUCGCACACUUGCUGUCGGCUCUCGCGCUGUGGCGCCCCGCUCUUUCCCAGUACUCCAGCGACGAGUGCAGCUGGAAGGGCAGUGGUUUAACCCAUGAAGGACACACACGUGAUGUGGAGCAGGUAUACCUCAGAUGCUCGCAGGGCUCUCUGGAGUGGCUGUACCCAACUGGCGCCAUCAUCGUCAACCUGCGACCCAACAUGGCAUCUCCUGCCGCAGCCCACCUCUCCGUAUGCAUCAAACCGUUACGGGAGUCGAGCGGCACUCGCAUCUACCUGGAGCGCCUGGGGAAGCUCCGCCUACUGCUUAGUGAGGCCCAGCAAUCUGAGGGCAAAGUACACUGUUUUGAUAUCAACGAGGGGGCGCUGUUUAUCGAGGCCGUGCCUCAAAGAGACAUUAGCCGAAGAAUUGCGGCUUUUCAGUAUGAACUGGUCAACCACAGACCUGGAGCUGAUCCACAAUCACUGACGGCUCCAUGUCAGCCCUGCACUGACACCGAGCUUCUCCUCUCUGCCUGCACGAGUGACUUUGUGGUGCGUGGCAGUAUCCUCAGGGUACAGGAGGAUGAGGAUCACACUUCGGUGGGUGUGACUUUGUCUCGCGUAUACAGACAGAAGAGCGAGGUGUUUACCCGGGAAGGUGGCCGGGUGAAGAUCUGGACUGGGAAUCUCAUGAUGCCCCUCGAGUGUGGUGUAAAGCCUGGUGAGGGACAGUUCCUCUUCACCGGAACUGUCCGGUUUGGGCAGGCCUGGCUCAGCUGUGCACCACGAUACAUGGAUUUCCUAAGGGUGUACCAGGAAGCUGAGAGACAAGGGAUGAAUCCAUGUCACAUAGACACAUAAAGAGACUGACUGUAGUUCAGCACUGCACAUUCAACAGAUUUCAACUCUUGCAGAAAGACAGCAGCUCAUGCUUUUUAAGUGUCCUCACAGAGGGUUAAAGUUGGACUCCUUACCAAGAGCCAAUUCCAAGAGAUCUUCCGUGUCUAGUGCAAUUUCAUAAAAUGGACAUUCUGCUGAUGUUUACACCAACAUCAACAGUAAAUAAUGUAGCACAACUCUGUUUAAAAGUGUAAAAAUGUGAAAAUGCUUUUGUAAAAAGCUUGUCUGUACAGUUUUUUGCGGUUGUUUCUUAUGAAAUGUAUUAAAAAGCCUGCUUUUU